AUGAACUACACACCACCAGCCGUCCAAUCUAUCCAUUUCGUUCCUACAGACGAGGAGGAAGUUGAGAUCGGAAGCCGCCAGGUCCAGGCAAUAUAUGUUCUUGCCCACGAUACACUACCCGACGGCGCCAACCACUGGUGCUUCUAUCUUAAAUUCUCCAAGACCGCAUCUAUAUGUAUCGACAUGACGCCGACGUAUAGCGCUCCUAGCACCGUACUCCAAGAUGGUUCAAAAGGCCACAUGCUCAUAUCCGUCCUCCCAUGCAUCCAUCCGUCACCAGCGACCAAAACCAUCCGCCUCGGCGUCUGCGCCAACCUAACUGUGGACCGUAUCCUGCAUCUCCUAGCUCAGUCAGGUCGCGACCAGUACGAUUCCAAAUCCGACGUAGGUGUCGGACGUGAGCGACUGGCCAGAUUUCGCUGUUAG